GGGCUGACGAGGGCGCAGUUGCGCUUGUGUAAACGACAAGGAGAUACGUCGGCCACGGCGCUCCAAGGGCUCCAAAUGGCGGUUGCCGAAUGUCAGCACCAGUUUAGGAAAGAAAGAUGGAACUGUUCAAGUCUGGAUACAAAAAAUAGUAAUCCGCACACGUCGGCAAUCUUAAAACAUGGUUAUAGAGAAUCAGCAUUUGCUUAUGCAAUAUCGGCUGCUGGAAUAUUGCACAGUGUAACCAGAGCGUGUAGUCAAGGAUCUCUUAUAUCAUGUGGCUGUGGACCGACCCCGAAAAAGCCUUUUUUGCCAACAGCGGCUAACCGAAAAGCUUUCAAACUUGAAGAACAAAGACUAAAUGCUAUUGGUAUAAAUAAUGAAAUGAAUGCAAUAAACCAAAUACCACUUGAAAAUUCCGAAAAAACUGAAACGGGAAGUAAAUGGAAAUGGGGCGGUUGUUCACAUAAUUUAGACUAUGGAAUGGAAUUUUCCAGAUUAUUUCUAGAUUCCAGAGAAAGCCUAGGAGAUAUACAAUCGCGUAUAAAUCUACACAACAACGAAGCCGGUAGACUGGCUGUAGCUAAUAAUAUGCAAAUAAGAUGUAAGUGCCAUGGAAUGUCAGGUAGUUGUCAAUUGAAAACGUGUUGGCAAACUUCACCGGAUUUUCGUACCGUUGGACGCGUGCUCAGAGAUCGAUACAAAUCUGCGGUUUUGGUCGAUCAAUCGAAUAUGAACGAUGGAUCGCCUAUCCUGCGAGUAGAUUCAAAGAAAAAGAGGCGAAAAAAUAGACAAGGCGGUGGCAAUAGAAACCGAAAUAUCAAUUCCGAAAAUUCUUCAAAUAAAAGGAAACGUGGAGGUCGUGGAAAACGAUUUCAGCAAUCGCUAUUGUAUUAUGAACGUUCACCAAAUUUUUGUGAUGCUGACUCUGCAGCCGAUAUUGCAGGUACGUCGGGUAGACGCUGCACCCACAACGCGACCCAGGACGCCGCUCUCGACAGUUGUUCGACGAUGUGUUGCGGACGCGGAUACAAUUUGAUAAGGGAACACUAUGUGUCGAGAUGCAAUUGCAGGUUCCACUGGUGCUGCACGGUCGACUGUGACACUUGCGAACGAGACGAAUGGAUAGCCGUAUGCAAAUAG